CUGUGUGCUGUUCAUUUCACUCCCGCGUUGGACACAACCAACUGGCGACAGACGGGAGGACCCCUACUGCAUCGGACCGAUUCUCUGAAAGCUAAACGACAUAUAUGACCUGAAUCUCCGAGGAACUUCAACUCUCGCGUGUUAAUGCGUGACGGCGUGGCGCCAGAGGACAUGGGAGGAUGGAGUGCUCCUGGAAGACAGUGCUGCUGCUGGUGUGCGCGUCCCUGGGGGUUCAGUACACGGCCAUCCGGACCCUGAGCGACACCCUCCCCGGACCCUGCCAGGGAUCCCUCAACUGCCACGCCAGACAGCCCCGAGACUCAAGGUGGAAAGCCUUGUGUGAAGACACCUGGCUGCCCUCCGACUCGCCCCAGAAACACAUCCUCCUGUUUGCGACCACGCGCAGCGGCUCGUCCUUCACCGGCCAGCUCCUCAACCAGCACCCGGGGGUCUUCUAUGUGUUCGAGCCCCUCUACCAUGUCCAGCAGGCCUUCUCCAACACCAGCAGCAGACAGCGCCGGACGCUGGAUCGCCGAGCACUCCUGGGCGCCUACAGGGACCUGCUCCUGAACCUCUACACCUGCGACCUCCGCUUCAUGGAGAACUACAUCCGCCCCGAGCCGCAGGAGCACGUCACCGGCGCCUUCUUCCGACGCAGCUCCAGCCACGCCCUCUGCACGCCCCCCGUGUGCCCGGCCAAGAGCGAGGCGGUGGCCGACGGGCUGCCGGACGAGACCUGGUGCCCCAAGGACUGCGGCGCGCUGAACCUCACCCUGGCCUCCGCGUCGUGCCUGUCCAAGGGACACGUGGCCAUCAAGACGGUCCGCGUCCCCGAGAUCGCGGACCUGCGCACCUUGAUCGAGGACCCCCGUCUGGACCUGAAGGUCAUCCACCUGGUGCGGGACCCCCGGGCCAUCCUGGCCUCGCGCAUGAUGGCGUUCUCGGAUCAGUUCCGCGCCUGGAAGAUAUGGAACGCCACCCGGCGACAGCCGCGCUACGUGGACCUGUCGCAGAUCACGAGCACCUGCAAGGACAUGGCGGCCUCCGUGGAGACGGGGCUGCGGAGGCCCUCCUGGCUGCGGGGGCGGUACCUGCUAGUGCGCUACGAGGACCUGGCCUCCAACCCCGAGGAAAGGGCCUCGGAGAUCCACAGGUUUGUGGGGCUGCAGAAGGACAGCCGGGUGUCGUCGUGGAUCUCGCGGAACACAAACAGGGACGCGUGCUCUCCGUCCGAGUGGAACUUCAGAUACUCCACCACCCGGGACUCCAGAGCCACGGCGGAGAGCUGGAGGCUCCGACUGGACUAUGACAUUGUGAAGACUUUGCAGAGUCUGUGUAGCGACACCCUGGCUCUGCUGGGUUAUAAACAGGCUCGCUCGUUAGUGCAGCUCAGAAACAUGUCCUAUAGUUUGGUGGAAGCAAGAACCUUCCAGCCUCCGCUAUGAGAUUGAAAUUAUAUUUCAAAAAAUAUUAAUAAUGUGGAUACUUGCUGUUUUGGUUGCUCAUGAUACAUGCAUACGGUUUAAUAUUUUAGGUCAUGGUGGUAGCCAUCAGUCCUUAAAACGGGUAGGGCCAGCUAGAUCCCACUGCCAUUAAUAACAUCUGGAAAUCAGGUUAAAUUAGGACACUGUAUUUGUUUAAUACUUAUAUAUUUGUUAAGUAUUUGUUUGUUAACAUGCCAACCUAGAGAACCUACAAUAACGAAACCUACAGAAACACUGCAGCAAUUUGCUUCCUCUCUUGUUGUUAUAUUUCCGACCCUUUUUUGACUCUUAUGUCAACUCCAACGGGAGAUGAAGGCUCUGAUUAAUUGUAGCGCUCGGCAAAGUGUAGUGCUUGGAAAAUCCACUUUAAACAUUUUUGGACUGCGCUGUCACAUUACGCAUUGUAGUUAACUACAGGUCUUGACCAUGUCACUAUUCAGAUUGUGUAUUUUCUAGAUU